AGAGGCCGUAUAUGGUAGUGGGUGGUAGCAUGCGACGACAGUAAAACGCGGGGCAGAGGGAAAUUCAGCUUGCGGAGCACGCAUGCGUUCAAGUUUGUGGUCGCAGUUUGCGUUCGGCUCGGUCUGGCGCUCAUGUACGGACGGUGCAAUCAGUAGAACCGAGAAUUUCGAAGCGUGUGUACUUACUCUCGAAUUCCCGCAAUCCGCAUUCCGAUUUUAACCUCACGGAGCACAAGUGAGCGAGAGAGAGAGACAUACAUAUUUAUACGCGAUAAAUCUUUCUUCUCCCCUCUCUCUCUCUCUCUCUCUCUCUCCUGCUGUUUCGCCCGUCCUCUCUUCAAAUCUUCGUCGAUUAUUCGACUUUUCUUCUACGUUCCAUAUCUCUCUCGCUCUUUCCCUUCUUCAAACUUUCCUUUCUUAUCAUCCUACGCUCUUUCUUGCCUCCCUCACUCCCACCCAUCGCUCUGCGUUGUUUUUCGCGAUUUAUUGUGCUCGCGCGCGCCCUCCGCCAGUGAAAUCGUUCCUAAAAACGUAGUUAACUGUGACGGAGUAUUCACGAGAGGUACAGGUUCUUUCGGGUGGAAAAACAAAUAGUCAAGACGCCAAGUGGAUAGUAAUCAGCCAACGGGAAAAAAAAACGAAGAGAAAGAUCGUCGCGACGAGAGUCAAGAUCAUCUCCCUAGCAUAGAAGCAAAGUAAGAAAUAUUGAAGAAAUUACGUUUAACGCGAAGUGAAAAAGCGAUCAAGCUGCCGGUCGGCAUCGUUAGAAAAGAACGAAUUUGUGCAGCCAGAGCAAGACAACUUUACAACUCUCUCGAAGAAGUGUCGCUCGCCCUCGCACGUUUGCUCUCCGUCUCUCUUCUCCUUCCCCCUCCUUGCGCUCGUGCCAGUCGCGCCCCACUUACGACUUCCCCCGCUCGCAUGUUAGAGUCUUUUCUCUCUUCUUCUCUUCCUUUUCCUCUCCCACUCAGCUCCCAUAUCAUCUCCCCUUCGCCGCGUUCCAGCUUUUUUCUCUUAACCCUUCUUCGUUAGUACGACUCCGCCGUCUGCGCCUGUGUCCAUUCGCGAUCGGAGAGAGAACAACUCCGUCGUUCCGUCCGUUCGUCACCACACCGCGCGCUUCGCUCGUGGCCAACUCUUUCUCAUUGUGUAUUAAGUGUGUCCGCGCGCGCCCAACACGCGCCAACAUUCGCCAUUGAAGCACAAGUACAAUUUGCGAUGUGUGAUAAUACUAACACGACGACGCAGAGUAUAGCGGACUACCUGUCACAGUUGUUGAAGGACCGGAAGCAGCUAGCUGCCUUUCCGAAUGUCUUCAUACAUGUGGAGCGUCUGCUGGAUGAGGAGAUUGCAAAGGUGCGGGCGAGCCUCUUUCAAAUCAGCGGAGUGAAAAAGGAGCCGCUCGUCCUGCCGGAGCCCGAAGGUGACAUCACGACGCUUACGGAGAAGGUCUACGUGCCCGUCAAGGAACAUCCAGACUUCAACUUUGUCGGGAGAAUUUUAGGGCCACGCGGCAUGACCGCGAAACAAUUGGAGCAAGAGACAGGAUGUAAAAUCAUGGUCCGCGGGAAAGGAUCGAUGAGGGACAAAAAGAAGGAGGAACAAAAUCGGGGCAAGCCUAAUUGGGAGCACCUGACAGACGAGUUGCAUGUUCUGCUCACCGUUGAGGACACCGAGAAUCGUGCCACCUUGAAGCUUGCCCGAGCUGUAGAGGAAGUCAAGAAGCUUCUUGUGCCCCAGGCUGACGGUGAGGAUGAGCUAAAGAAGAGGCAGCUAAUGGAACUCGCCAUUAUCAAUGGAACUUACCGGGAUUCGAACACAAAGGUUGCCGCCGCGGCAGCUUGUGACGAGGAGUGGCGACGGGUAGCUGCCGCCGCGGCGGAGACGCAACGCCUGCUACCAGGCCUGGCGACGCCGAUGCGGACGCCAAGCGCACCACUGGGUGCGCCGUUGAUCCUCUCGCCGCGGAUAUCUGUGCCGACAACUGCCGCAUCUCUGCUGAAUGGCUCCGGGCCACCCGGCUCGCUUCUGUCGGCCGGCGAUCCUCACGGGCUCAUCUACACGCCGUACGCAGACUACGCCAACUACGCUGCCCUGGCCGCGUCGCCGUUACUCACCGAAUACGCCACUGCGGAUCAUUCUGGUGGGUUGUUUGCUCGUUGAUACGUCGUCCCCCCGCGACAGAGAAAUAAAGAGGGAGAAUGUCUCGCUCCCCUCUAACGAAAAACGGAGCUUUGCGCGUUUAAUGCGUGAAAGCGUCCUAAAAAAAAGAGAUAGAUACAUGCGCAUCGAGACUGAGGGGAGACGGAGCCGUGCACUUUUAUCAUGAUAUUAUCAUGAUUAUUAUAUUAUUAUAUUACAUGCGGCGCGCGUCACUGGUGACUCUCUCCGCAUCACGCACAACUCGAGACGCAUUCGUGACAAUGGCUGUUUUUUUUCUCUUUUCUUUUUUGUCGCAUACUGUGACAUAUUAGAUGAGCAACGAGCGGUUAAUAACAGCGAUGAAAGAACAGAUAGAAAGAAAUUCUUUUAAAAAACAGUUAUUAAUUAUUCUCGGCACUGCUUGUUGUACAUUUGUCAGUUAAUAGUCUGCACGCUGCUGACAAUCGUACCGCAGAAAGCCGUCCAUCUAAUCGCUCCUUUACUCACAAUCAGUGCCAAUUUUAUACAUCACGUAAAUUAUAUUCUGAAAUUAAUUAUUACGAGGAAAGAACAAAAUUGAAUGACAACGUUACAUUUCGAUAUCGAUUAACGUUUGUCUUCGCAAAACGUAACAUCGAGAGAUUCGAUGCACGUUAAUUUGCCGGGAGCGUCACCAAUAAUACGUAAUACGUAUACAAUCAUAUAAAAUUAUAAGGCGAUAAUUGUUAAUUACGAGCUGGUCGUUCUUGUAGUUGUUAAUUAUCAUUACUCACGUCGUCAUAGUUAUUACCAUCAUCAUCGUCGCCCGUCGUUUUCAUCGUUUUGAUCGUUAUCACUGUAUCAUCAUCACCAUCAUUAUUAUCAUCGUCGUCGUUGUCGUCAUCGUCAUCGUCGUCAUCGUCAUCAUCAUCAUCAUUAUCAUCAUCAUCAUCACCUUCGUAGCAGUUAGCAAAUAGUUUUUGUGAAGGUAGCUUAGAGUUUAGAACGUAAACGAAAUCAGUCAUUUACUAGUCGCGUCAGUUCAGAUAUGAUAAUUACGUAAAAGCCUUAGCGUAACGUAUGCGCCGCCUUCGAAAUAAUUUUAUCAUGAAGAUUCAGGGUUAUCAUAGCGAUAGAGUGGCGAGAACGCGAGAUGUUUAGGCCGCAUUUGGCAUGAUUUAAUCAAGAAUAGUAUAGAGAAGAAGAAGAGUGAAGGAACAGACAUCAUAUGUGGUGUAUCGCGUGUAGCUAUACUAGUCCGAAAGCUUUUUUACGUAAAACGGAGAUUGUGGCGUUCCACAAUAACCACGUGUGUUUUGUCUGGAAUAUAUCGUUUCUCCUCUAAUCGCCUUUAGGGUAACUCACGGUGCAAUUUUUGCCUGGUUUGAGAGAAAAUUUUUAAAGUUCUAAAAUAAUGCAUUACGCUUAAAUUUGUUUGCAAAUAAUAUGAUUUAUUUUCUACAAUAUAAAACAAAAAUAUUCUUUUACUGUUUGAAACUGGUAAGAGUAUUUAACAGAAAUUGAAGUAUUUUUGUAAAAUUUAUAAUUUUAUAGCAAUUUUAAAUCGUGAUUUUGAAACCAAUACUCUCAUUUUUUAAAUAUACUCUAUCCACAUAUUUUUAUGUCAAUCAGAUAAGAUUUUUAUUCUCUUAUAGAUUAGGCAAAUUUUACAUCACGUAACAUAGACAUAAUUGUGCCAAGCAGGUUGCGAAAGUACAGUAAACGAUCAUGUAUACUCGGUCGCGUCGUACAAGAAUUACAGUGUCGUCGUAGAGAACCGUUAGCUGGGACAGUCUCGCCGAGUCUCUUCAGGUGGCACAAAAAUCACAUCGAUACUUAGUAUACUCGAGAAAUUCUUUUCAGUCCUCAACAAAAUACUUUCCACACAGUGGUACGAGUUUUAAUUUACAAAUAUCCAAGGCAUGCAAUAUUUAAUCGAGCUCUACGAGACUAUCCGAUAAUGUAGAAUGUUUCAAUACGUGUUUUUUGUAUCAACAUCGACGUGUUUUCCUUGUCCCGAUACAAAGAUAUCCAGUUACCCGAUGAAUGCUCUCGCAUUCGCGCAUCUCUCAGCACAUCGUUACGUAUAAACGUGACCGUAGGGAAAGUUUGAUACAAAACACUUCUUAGAUAUAUAUAUAUUUUUCUUUGUUUUUUUUUAAAUAAAUUUUCUCACACUUGAGAAAUCCAUAACGCGUUAUUACGCAUUACUCAAUGCAGCAAUCAAAGGCCAUUCAUUGUGUAGCAAUUUUAUAUAUACAUAUGUGCGUGUCUGUACGUACGUGUCGAUAAGUAUUUCAGAGAAUAUAUAUCAUAUAUUUAUUUAAGUAGACGAUAAUAAUAUCAUAUUUAUAUAAUAGGUUUUUUUAAAGAUUUCUUUAGCAUUCGACUUUUAAUAGCUUUGAUAACGGAAUCAUCGAUACAUCGUACACUUUAAAUCGCAGCUUAGAGACAUUUUUCCAUACUAAAAAGUAAAAUCUUAAUCAUUUUUUAAUCAAUGGUCUAUUGAUAGGGUGAUGAUGGUACAUUAACCGAAUAUUUACUCCGCGUUUUCUUUCGCAUCUUUUUUUAUAUUUUCUUUGUUUUUCUUCUUUUUUUUCUUUUACCUCUCCCUUUUAUUUUAUUUCGCGCGUUUUUACAAACACGUUUUUUUUUUGACACGCUUGACUUAAAUUACUUAGCGAUAACUACGAAGUAUCACUAGAAUUCCAACUGAAUCCCUCGGGUUGAUUUAAUACACGACUAAACGACUAAUAACCCGUCCACCUCUCCUACAAAACUCACUUCAUGUUGUCUUUUUUCUCUUACUCAUUCCGUCUUAACAAAAACCAUAUCUCUAAUUAUGUAACUCUACAGUGAUGAUUCUAGCAAAGUAAUUACUUAGCGCAGUGAUAGAAAUCUGAAAACGGGAAAAAAGUGAAAAAAAGAAAAAUAUUUGAUGAUUAGGAUUGGAAUAGAAGUUCUUUUUUUUAUUAUUAUUAUUUAUUUGAGAAAACGUAAUUACGAAGUUUAAAGAAUCAAUCGAAAUAAUCAUCAUUAAUCGCACGAUAGCAGUCAAAUUAGCGAGCAAUCUAACGAGGAUUCAUCAUAUAUUUCAAUUCAGUUAGAAAUUGAAUCUAUCGCGCGGCAUGCCAUAGAAUAUUACAAUGGCUGGUGAUAGGUAGUCUACGAUAUAUAUAUACAUAGGUCUUUUAGGCAACCAGUAGGUGGAGGGAGAAUACCCAGGGACCAAACAAUAUUUUGAGGACUGAUGGUUCUAGCGUUUACUUGUAGUAAAUUCAAACGGUACGGAUAAGACUAUGCGUUGGAAAGUAUUUUCUCUUUCUUUGUUGUUGGAUUUUUGUUUUUUUUUUUUAUUUUUUUUAUUUUUUUAUCGCGUAUUCCACGCACCCGCAAAAGCACUAAAAUUUAAUGAUAAUGCAAUAUUUAUAUAAAUUAUUUUAUAGACACGCAAUACUCUUUUGAUGGCAUAGUCUUUAAGUAAUAUUACAAAAUAUGAUGCUACACAAAUUAUAUAUACAUAC